CUGCUUUUCUGGUCAUCAUGAAGGUCUUUGCAGUGAUCUUUGUUCUGGCAGCUCUGUCUGGCUGCCAUGCCAGGAGUAUGCCCGAGGCCAGGAGCGACCCCUGGGAGGACGCGCUGGAAAAGUUCAAGGAUUAUUUCACCGAUCUGACCUCCAAGUCCGACGCCGUGCUGAAGAACAUCAGGAGCUCCGAGAUCACCAGAGAGCUCGACACCCUGAUCCAGGACAGCAUGUCUGAGCUGGCCGUGUACAGACAGGACAUGCAGACCAAGCUGGCUCCGAUCACCCAGGAGGCCGCAGAGCGUCUGGGCGACGACCUGGACUGGCUGUCCAAGAAACUCCGUGUCCACAUGGACGAUGGCCGGGAGCAGAUGGAGAAGUACAGCGUGGAGCUGCAGACCAUGUUGGAGCAGAACGCCGAGGACGUCCGGGUCAGGGUCUCGGCCUACACCCGCAAGAUGAAGAAACGCAUCAACAAGGACGCAGAGGAGAUCAAGAGUCAAGUUGCAGCAUACUUUGAGGAGCUCCAGACUCGCGCCUCAAACAACGUGGGGCAGAUGCAGACCCAGUUCGAGCCUUACAUCGCUAAGGUGCGAGACAACACCCAGGCAAAGGUCACGACCCUGAACGACCUGCUGAUGUCACAGGUAGACAAAAUGGCGAUCAAGAUGCAGAGAACGGCCGAGGACAUCAAGGACCAGUUGGAGGAUACAGCUGAAGACAUGAAGAGCACCCUGGAGGAGAAGAUGGAGGAGGUGCGCACCUGGUUCCAGCCCUUUGUCUCCAUGAUCACAGGAUAA